UGGCGGAGGUUGAGUCGCUGGCCUCCUACAGCGCCGUCUUUUUCCCUCAGCGUCCGCUUGGGGGUCCCCGAACGUUGUAGCGCGUGUUGGCUCCGCAUAGUAGCGCUCUUGUGGGUUUCUAGUUCCGUGGCCGGGAACUGGGGACCCGUGACGAUUCGCGCCUGCGGGGGAGCUGUUAACAACCCGACUAGUUUCGGGGCGUUGCUCCGGGUCCCUUAGUUAUUCCGCACACAGCUCUUGUUAACAUUGUGGAAGCUGUUGACUUAGGAGGGUGUACUCGGCUCAGAGGAUGGACAGGCCUGAGCUGUGGGGUCACGAGUAGUUGAGUUGGGGGCCGUCCUUGGAGGUCGCAGGCAGACGGAACCCCUCCAGCUGUAGGCCUAUUUUUGAUUAAACGAAUAAAGGAGAAAAUGGUUAAUUAUAGGGCAUUUAUCCUUACUGACUGCCAGUUAGCAACAGUGAUACUCCUCCCCAGCCCUUUCGACUAAGGACUUAAAUAUUGUUGGAGUCAGUGUUAUGUUGGAAGAUGUUUCUGCAUCAAUUUUUUAAAAAAAUUAAUUUUAUUUAUUUAUUUUUGGCUACGUUGGGUCUUCGUUGUUGCAUCUGGGCUUUCUCUAGCUGCGGCGAGCGGGGGCAACUCUUCGUUGCGGUGCGCGGGCUUCUCAUUUCGGUGGCUUCUCUUGUUGCGGAGCACGGGCUCUAGGUGCGUGGGCUUCAGUAGUUGUGGCACUCAGGCUCAGUAGCUGUGGCUCUUGGGCUCUAGAGUGCAGGCUCGGUAGUUGUGGUGCCCAGGCUUAGUUGCUCCGCGGCAUAUGGGAUCUUCCCAGACCAGGGCUUGAGCCCGUGUCCCCUGCAUUGGCAGGUGGAUUCUUAACCACUGUGCCACCAGCGAAGCCCCGCAUCGCAGUUCUAAUUCAUCAACCAACAGUCAGCUCAUCAAGGAUGGAUUCGGCUCUAGGGUUUACUUUAAAAUAUUUUUCUGUUGUUGUUAAGCCUCUCAUUUUGCUUUAGAUUUAAGUGAAAAUUCACAGCUGUUAUGAGCAAAGAGCACAACUUAAAGUUGACAUGACAUUUAAAAAAUACUUUAAAAUCUGUAUUAAUGUAAUCAUUUAGAAAGAUCCAUUCACUUCAGUUUAUCAGGCUGGGACGUAAGAGCAGUGUUUUUAAUAUUUUGGACAAGAAUCUUUUUUCGAUUGGCUUGGUAAUGCGCUUUACAGAAUAAAAGCAAACCACCAAGAGGUAUAUUUUGCCUAGUUUUUGAAGAAUGCUAACAAAAUCGGUUGAGGCACCCCAAAAUCAUCAAAAGUAAAACGAUAAUCUGGUUUCUGAUUUGUAGAUCUAGAAAUGUUGAAUCUUUACUCACAAUUUAGAAUAAUUUGAGACUUGUUGAAAAAGAAGGAAAAUUCAUUUUUAUCUUUUCUCUCUGAGUAAAUAAGAUGACUUAGCUCAGUAUUUUACUAUAUGUGAUCAGUCUGUUUUCGUUUUAAUAAUACACACUUCCCUAUUAUAAUAAUGAAAAAAGUGGGUCUUAUUAACAAUACUAUUUGCUUAUUCAGAAUGCAUAGCCUAUCAAUUUAGUCAAGUAAAACAUCCUAAUUUUUUUUUGCCAGGGAAUGGGGGCGGGGAGAGUCAUACCCACGGUAGGUUAUGACAAAAUGUAAUACAGAUAUUUGUUAAAUUGAGCUGAAAUGGUCACUUUCUAUCCACUCAUGCAUCCGCUUUAAUUAAGUUUAGCAAAUAAAUUAUUAAAGAAAACUUGCCACACUUAUGCUUUGUUAUAAGCAGAAGUUGAAGUUUUAUUACAAUCUUGCUGUAAGGAAAAAGACCUCCGAUAAGUCAAAUAAAAGAUACAGUCUUGGUAGGGACAUUUUAUGGGAAAAGAAAAUGGUUAGAUAAUUAUCAUUAAAGUAGAUAACAGAAAGAAAGGAAUUUGGGGGACAUUAGACUCUUAACUAAUAGUCAAUUGCUUAGGUGAGUGGAUGGUUUUCCAGAGCAAAUCUUAAUUCUACUAAAGUUUAUUGGAAGGUUGCUUAGGCUUUUUUUUCAGGAAUGUUCAUUUCACCGCAAGAGAGGAGUUGUGAAUUACAGUCAUCCAAAAAAGCAUCUGUACCGGCCAGAUUAAAUGCAUUUAUGGAAAAAGGAAAAUUGAAUAGUAAGAUGAUAGCAGAAUAUUGUAAUAUGGCAAUGGAUUCCUCAGUGGAAAACAACAUUUAUGUAAACAAAGUGUGGGUUCAGUGUGAGAAUGAAAGUUGUUUGAAAUGGAGAUUGUUGUCAAGUGAGGAUGCAGCCAAAGUUGAUCACAAUGAAUCAUGGUACUGCUUCAUGAACUCUGACUUAAGGUACAAUAAGUGCUCUGUUUCUGAAGAAGACUUUCCUGAAGAGUCUCAGCUUCAUCAAAGUGGAUUUAAGAUCGUCUAUUCACAGCUCCCUCUUGGAAGCCUGGUUUUGGUAAAAUUACAGAAUUGGCCAAGUUGGCCAGGGAUACUUUGCCCUGAUCCUUUUAAAGGGAAAUAUGUGACCUAUGACCUGGAUGGAAAUGUUGAACAGUAUCACGUAGAAUUCCUGGGUGAUCCCCAUUCAAGAUCAUGGAUAGAUGCAGCGUUUGUUGGACAUUAUAGUAUCACAUUAAAGCCAGGAAAAUGUACGAAUAAAAAGAAGUGGUAUAAAAGUGCACUACAAGAAGCAUACCUCCUCUAUGGAUACUCUCACGAACAAAGACUGGAAAGGUGCUGCCUAUCGAAACAGGGCUGCAAGGUUGUGGUUCCUUUUGCAUCUGCUGUCUACCCCCUGAUGAGUGAGGUUGGUCUGGGGGCUCGCGUAGGCUUCCUGGUGGAAGGGACUAGUGCCUGCACUCUGGUGGGUGAAGCUGAAUCUUUUCCCUCUGACGGGCAGGGUAUGUUUGGGGUGUUUGUGAGCUUACUACAACUUUAGGCAGCCUGUCUGCUGAUGGGUGGGGCUGUGUUCCUGUUUUGCUGGUUGUUUGUUGUGAGGUGUCCAGCACUGGAUCCUGCAGGCAGUUGUGUGGGGCCAGCUCUUGGUGUUGAUAUGGAUACCUCCAGUAGUGCACAUGCCGAUUAAUCUUCCCUGGGCCCGGGAAUUCUCUGGUGGUCCAGUGUCCUGGACUUGUCACCCCCCACACACCAAAAGGCCCAGGCCCAACCCCUGACCAGGGAACCAAGAGCCCGCAAGCUGCACAUUGCAGCCUGAGAGAAAAUAAAAGAAAAAGAAAGCAAACAGGCAAACAAAACCGAAGACAAAUGCCAAAAACAGCAGCAAACAAAAGCGGCAACACACAGACACAGAAUAAAUAAAUAAAUAAAAUAAAACAAACAAAAGAAUUCAAAAAUGAGAACAGUCAAUAAGGACUAAACUAACAAAAAAUGAAACAAAAACAAAGCAUAAAAACAAUCAAAAAUAAAGAAAACCCACAAAACAGCAAAAAAGUGAAGUAAAAGUAGAAAAGUAAAAAAUAUAUAUAUUAAAAAAAGAAAAAUAAAAGCAACAAUACCAACAACUGAACAAAACGAAACAAAGAAGAAAAGAAUAACAGUAAUAAUAAUAUUUUCCUGGGGCCUCCUCUGUCAGUGUCCUUGCUCCCACCAUGAGCCAGAGCCAUCCCCCACCUCCCCAGGAGGCCUUCCAGUACUUCUAGGUAGGUCUGGACCUGCUUUGGGCACUGUGGGGCCAGCUCAGACUCUGACCUGGCUCAACUCCCACGUGUACUUGCCCCCAAAGUCCACUGCUGCAAAGGCUAGAUUGGUCUCAAUUGUGGGAACACUCGUCUAUUCAGGUAUUCCACAGACACAGGAUUUACCAAGCCAUUCUCAGGGAUUUAAUCCACAGCUUGUGUAGCUGCACAGAGAGGUUUUCAUUCCUCUUCCUUAGUCACACUACUCCUGGGGCUCAGCUUUGGUUUUAGCCCCACCUCUGCAUGUGGGCCACCCUCAGGCAUCUGUUCCUUGCCCAGGCAAGAGGGAGCAAAAGCAGCAGCUGCUUGGGGCACACUUACUCACUCAGGCUGGGGAGGGGUACGGCGGCUACAAUUGGGUUGUGCGUGAGUUGCCUGCAGUGGCAUGAACCAGCAGGCAGUUGCAACAGACUGUGGUGCACUCGUUCUGGUGGGAAUCCCUCCCAGUGCUCACGGAGGCAGGCACUGAUGUGUGGGCGUGGUGGUGGCCCUGCCCCCCAUGUGCCUCUCAACUAUGGCGCCUCGCUUUCCAGGCAGGCCACACUUCUUCUAGGGGCAUUCCUGGCCAUGCAUCCCCUCACUCCUGUCCUCUCUGCUGUAUCUGCACAGCCAACAGUGCUCCUCUCCCCAUAUCCGUUCUACCAACCCCUCACUUUAGCACUCAGCCCCCGCCAGCAUCGGCAGACUGUUGUCCCAGGCAUGGGUGCCCAGGGCUGAUUCCCAAGGAGACUUUGGGAUGGGCAGCGCUCAGGCCCCCAGAACCUACACGGGCGAAGGAGACCCUGGCCUGAGGGGCAGGCAGGCCCACUUAGAUGGGAGCCCCUCCCAGUGUCCCCGGAAGCUGAAGAAGCCAGUGGGUGGGGAAAGGGGUUGUAAUGGUGGCUCUGUCCCUUGCGCACUACUCAACAAUACGCCUUGCUUCUGUGGUGUCCCAGGCUUUUUCCACAGACUUUCCUGGUUGUGGAUCUCCUUACUCCUGUCCCUUCUGGCUAUCUUUUCACAGCUAACAGCUGUCCCUUCCCUGGAUCCAUGCUCCAAAUCCCACUUUCCAGCACCCAGCCCCCCUUUGCAACUGGCCACUCAUGACUCAGACUGGAAUGCGCAGAGCUGUGGUGUAGAUCAUGCAUGCAGUUCUUACUUUGUCCUGUCUUCCACAAACCACCCACUGCAUUCUCCUUUGAUCCCCCGAAGUUCCUUUUCUGUCCCAGCUGAUUUCCCCACCAUGAGGGAGUUUUUCUGAGUGUGGAAACCUCCCCUCACCUUUAUCUUUCUGCCAGGGCUGCUGGUCCCUUAUUUGAUUCCUCUUUUCUUUUUUUCUUCUUUCUUUCAUCCUACCCAGUUGUUGAGGGGAUUUUUCUUGUCCUUUUAGGUGUCUGAAGUUUUCCACUCAUGUUCAGCAGGUGCUCUGUGAGAAUUGUUCCAUUUGUAGGUGUAUUCUUGGUGUACUUGUGAGGAGCAAUGAAUUCCAUGUCCUCCUAUUCUACCAUCUUGACUCCUCUACUGUUCUUUUUACUGUCACCAUAGUUUUGCCUUUUCUGGAAUGUGAUAUAGCUGGAAUCAUAUGGUAUGUAGCUUUUCAAAUUGGCUUCUUUCACUUAGUAAUAUGCAUUUAUGUUUCCCCAUGUCUUUAUAGCUCUUUUUUAAGCACUGAAUUAUAUUCCAUUGUUUGUAUGUACCACAGUUCAUUUAUCCAUUCACCCACUGAAGGAUAUCCUGGUUGCUUCCAUGUUUUGGCGAUUAUUAAUAAAGCUGCUGUAAACAUCCGUGUGCAGGAUUUUGUGUGGGCAUAAGUUUUCAGCUCACUUGAGUAAAUGAGCAAAUACUAGGGGGUGCAGUUGCUGGAUUACAUAGUAAGAAUAUGUUUAGUGUUGUAAGAAACUGUCAAAGUAUCUUCCAAAGUGGCUGUACCAUUUUGCAUUCCCACCAGCAAUAAAUGAGAAUUCCUGUUGCUACACAUCCUUGGUGUGGGUCAUUCUAAUAGGUGUGUAGAGGUAUCUUAUUGUUUUAAUUGCAGUUCUCUCAUGACAUAUGAUGAUGAAUAUCCUUUCAUAUACUUACUUGCCAUCUUUGAAUCUUCUUUUGUAAGUUGUAUGUUUAUUGCUCAUUUUGUAAUCCAGUUGUUCAUUUUCUUAUUGUUGAGUUUUAAGAUUUUUUGUAUAUUUUGAAUAGCAGUCCUUUAUCAGAUACGUAUUUUGUAAAUAUUUUCUCUCACUCUGUGGAUUGUCUUAUUCUCUUGAGAGUGUUCUUUGUAGAAUAGAAGUUUUUAAUUUUAAUGAAAUCCAGCUUAUCAGUUAUUUCUUUCAUGCAUCUUGCCUUUGGUAUUAUAUCUAAAAAGUUAUCAGUCUGGGAAUCUGGGUACUUCUGUUGAGGGUUUUUCCUGACUGUAAAGCAAAGGUGUGGGAAAGGAGAAAUGGAUAGAAAGUGUCUUCCUGUCUUUUUCUGUUCUUUGUGCCUCAGCUAAAGAUGCAGAAGGUUUCUGUGGGCUGCUCUUCCUUUGCAGCAACUACUCCUCUGAAUGUAAAUCAUGAUGAACUGAGUGUUUGGAAAUCCUUCUCCUAAGCUGAGAUUUGGGGCGUAUCUGCACUUCUGGACUAUCUGAAUAUCAAGGGCUGAGAUUAUUUGGAACUGUGAAUACUUGUUGUUUUAGAAGCAUGUGGUCUGGGAAUGGUAUUCAAAGUUCCUAUAACAUUUCCUUAUAAGUGCCUUGAGUAUAUUUUUUUUCUGAGUUUUUGCUUUUUUGCUCCUCUUCUUAAAUGUUUUUAAUCACUACAUUAAUAAAUAAAAUCUACCCCUCUCUGUACC